AUCAAUGUGGGCAUAUUGAUCACAGUGUUUGACCUUGAUAUGUGACAACAUAAAACGGAUACCUUAUAAAAACUAACCUGUGAUAUGCGUCAGCAUUCGUAUUUUGUAAACAUUCAAAAUGAGGUUUAGAAUGACAGGUGGAGGCCUGCUGUGUGUGUGCACCAACAGAGAUGAAAGGGUAUAAAGAAACAUGGAGCUUGGCUCUUUGAUCAGUCGACCAGUUUGCUGUUAAACUAUUUUCCAGCGUGAGCACAAUAUAUGCAACCACUACACGACUCGUGAAUAAUUGAUGUCCUGGCCUAGAUGGAACGUCACACUUCAACAAUCACGGAUUGGGACCCCCUACUCGCAGUGUCUUGUCCUCCGACAGACGACAGUGUUGACAAUAUGCCGGAGCGGACGUCUCCUCUCCCUCUCAGUGACAACCCCGACGUAGAGGAUGUGGACAGCCCGGGGGUGAGACGAGUUCUAUGGGCACCCGACUCAGGGUGGAGGAAAGCCAUGUGGACAAGCAGACUGGACUACAUACUGACCCUCGUGGGGUACACAGUUGGGCUGGGGAAUUUGUGGAGGUUCCCGUUUGUGUGUCAGAGAAAUGGAGGAGCUGCCUUCCUCAUCCCAUACCUUCUGUUCAUGAUGACAGUGGCAAUGCCUCUAUUCUUCCUCGAAGUAAUCAUAGCUCAGUUAUCUCGUCGUGGUCCCAUAGGAGCAUGGGGGUUAUGUCCCCUUAUGAAAGGAAUUGGGAUAUCCCAAGUGAUUGUGUGUGGCAUGAUCGUCCCAUACUAUAGCAUGGUGUUUGCCUGGUCCCUCUACUACCUGUACAGCUCCUUCUCCGCCAUCCUGCCAUGGACGACCUGUGGCAACUCAUGGAACACACUACAGUGUGUUGUUCACAAAGACGCCGGGGCCAAUGACACCGCCCUGCUGGACUCCAAUCUCACCUAUACUGAGACGGUUAAUGUUACAUUCCAGUCUGCAGCUGAAGAAUUCUGGAAGAGAGACGUGCUUCGUUUGUCAUCUGGGCUACAGGACAUAGGACCAAUGCAACUUCAUCUAGCGGGGGCCUGGUUGGCCACUUGUCUGAUAAUGUUCUUGUGUGUAAUAAAAGGAAUACGAUCUGUUGGAAAGGUGGUGUAUCUAACGGCCCUGUUGCCGUAUUUUCUGUUGCUGGUGAUGCUGGUGAGGUCAUGCAUGAUGCCCGGUGCUGUGGAUGGGAUUCUUUACUACAUCAGUCCGGAUUUUACUCAGCUAGCUAAUCCACAGGUGUGGCUCGAGGCACUGGUCCAAGUCUUCUUCUCAGUGGGACCGGCAUGGGGCGCCAUUCUCGCCAUGGCCAGCCAUAACCCUCCUCACAGUAACGCUGCAUGGGACGCAUUCAUAAUAAUCCUGGUGGGAGUUGGGACCAGCAUGCUUGCAGGCGUUGUGAUGUUUGCCGCCCUCGGCUUCUUGGCAUUUGAAGUUGAAGUACCUAUAUCACAAGUGCUUUCAUCAGGUCCAGGGAUUGGAUUCGUCGUGUACCCAGAAGCCCUGUCUUUACUUCCGGUUCCACAGUUAUGGUCGGUUCUGUUCUUCCUUAUGCUGCUUGUACUGGGAAUCGACUCAAUGUUUGUUACUAUGGAGACAGUUGUCGUGACGCUGGAGGAAUUGUUUUCCCGAUUUCUACCCGGAACCAAAUAUCUUCAUGGUCUCAUGGCAGUGUUGUACGUCAUCCUUGUCUUCGCCCUUGGUCUACCACUCACCACCAGAGGAGGGAUGUACAUAUAUCAGCUGCUAGACUCUUACUUGGCUGCGGUCUCCUUACUCCUCAUUGGGUUCCUUGAAUGUGUCGUCAUUGCCUGGCUCUAUGGAAUUCGCCGUUUUUCUGUUGAUGUGGAAUAUAUGCUUGGCAGGCAACCACCUGUCAUAUACAAAAUACUUUGCUGCUUCGUUACACCUGCGCUCCUUCUGACUGCCCUUAUUGUAACACUGAUCACCUUUAAAUCACCUUCAUACGGGCACUACAUGUACCCACCUUUCUGCGUCUUGAUUGGUUGGUUCAUCGCUGUUGUUUCAUUGGUGCCUAUCCCAAUUACUAUGGUGAUUCAGGUCGCAAAACGACAAGGCUCAUUCCGUCAGAGAAUGAAACUGUCAUUAGCUCCUGAUUCGGGAUGGGAACGUUCCACACAAUGUAUCAGGGCUGAAGAGUAUGACCUUUGGAUCGGAGAGAAAAUUUCCGUCCUUGAAAAUGCACGUUUUAUAUUUACAAGGGAGAAACCUGUGUGAUGUAUUUGUUAAACGGACCCAUCAUUUUUACGCAAUGACAACUUUUAUUUGUCUACGCCUUUCUGGAGCAGCAGAUCGCGGAGACCCAGAAAUUUGAUCUGGAAUCGACUAUUCGUGGAAAGACGUACAAACAUUGAUGACUGAAACGGCUCGGCGGGGAUGACUGUCAAUUUGCUGAGACCCUCCUGAAAAAGCUCAUAAAGUUCAGAGUGGUGCAAAUGAUUUCACUAUCCAAAUGGCUCAGUGACGCUCCUGCACUGACGCUGUAUCUGCAAUAUAUAGUGUUGACAAUGUUGGAAGGAUACAUGCCCACAGUCGCCCUAAGAGUCUACUCCUUUAACACAGCAAAACAGGCACGACUCUUGCUUUCACUUCUCAUUAUUAUUCCUCUUCAGGGAAAAUUUGAGUGACAAAUGUCAAGCGCUGUGUCAAAACAAAUGCACAACAUGUUUAUUUGU